GAUCGAAAUACAUUUUUAUUUUGACUCGUGUUUUCUCGUAUCUUUCCGUUGAGGUUCACGACCCCAACUUCGGAAUAUUUCCCGCGAAAACAGUCACGUUGGCGAGGUUCAUUGUUUUGGUAGGAAAGCUACAAGAAAGACAAAAUAAUGGCAGAAGAUACAUCUUCAGACCCCUUUUCUACUGCUACCAGUCCAACUAGAUCUAGGGGGCGUCGCACUGACCCUUUAACUUCCAGCCCAGGAAGGGACCUACCUCCAUUCGAGGAUGACUCCGAGUUGAUGGGGGAAAAUGUUGGAGAGGAGGAAGAGGAUGGAGAAGAACUGUUCGGGGAUAAUUUGGAACAGGAUUAUCGAGUCAUUCCAGCUCUGGACAGGUAUGACCAGGAGGGUUUGGAUGAGGAUGAUUACUCAGAAUUAUCAGAAAAUCAGCGGCAGGCUGCGGAAAGAGAUAUGAGGCAGAGGGAUAGAGAGGAAGGGAUCCUGACUGGGCGAAUGAGGAGGGGGCUUAUGUAUGAAGAGUCUGAUGAUGAAGAUGAUGCAGCGCCCAGGAAACGAAGAAGAGCUGAGCGGGCGGCUGAAGGAGAGGUUGAUGAUGAAGAGAUGAUAGAAAGUAUUGAGAACCUUGAGGACAUGAAGGGGCACUCAGUCAGAGAGUGGGUGUCUAUGUUAGGACCCAAGACUGAAAUCAAAAACAGAUUCAAAAAUUUUCUACGGACAUAUGUAGAUUCCAAGGGUCACAAUGUGUACAGGGAGAAGAUCAGACAGAUGGUGGAAGCCAACAGAGAAAGCUUGGUGAUAGAUUACAACAUGCUGGCUUCAGUAGAACAAGUGCUGGCCUACUUCCUACCAGAGGCUCCUGCUGAAAUGUUGCUGAAUUUUGAUGAGGCUGCCAAAGAAGUGGUUUUGAAUAUGUAUCCAAAAUAUGAGAACAUAGCUAAAGAAAUUCAUGUCAGAAUAGCAGAGUUACCAUUGAUUGAGGAAUUGAGAUCAUUAAGACAACUCCACCUGAACCAACUGAUCAGAACCAGUGGCGUUGUCACGAGCAGCACCGGAGUCUUGCCUCAGCUGAGUGUCAUCAAGUAUGAUUGUAACAAGUGUAAUUACAUACUGGGCCCCUUCUAUCAGUCACAAAACCAGGAGGUCAAACCGGGGUCAUGUCCAGAAUGUCAAUCCACUGGACCGUUCGAAAUCAACAUGGAACAGACAGUUUACAAGAAUUACCAGAGAAUGACCAUUCAGGAGAGUCCAGGGACAGUUCCGGCCGGACGUCUACCCAGGUCGAAGGAUGCUAUUUUACUGGACGAUCUAGUGGACACGUGUAAACCUGGAGAUGAAGUUGAACUGACAGGAAUCUAUCACAACAACUAUGACGGAUCUCUGAACACAGCUAACGGAUUCCCCGUGUUUGCUACGGUGAUCCAGGCAAACUAUAUCACAAAGAAAGAUGACAAACUGGCCGUCAGUGCACUGACUGAUGAAGACAUCAAGGCCAUUGUACAGCUCGCUAAAGACGAGAGGAUAGGAGAGAGGAUAUUUGCCAGCAUGGCACCGUCAAUAUAUGGUCAUGAAGACAUUAAAAGAGCAGUGGCAUUGUCAAUAUUUGGUGGGGAACCUAAAAAUCCAGGAGGAAAGCACAAGGUCCGAGGUGAUAUCAACCUCCUUGUCUGUGGAGAUCCUGGUACUGCCAAGUCCCAGUUCCUGAAGUAUGUCGAGAAGACAGGGCCACGUGUGGUAUUUACAACGGGUCAGGGGGCGUCGGCAGUGGGUUUGACGGCGUAUGUACAGAGGAAUCUUGUCUCCAAGGAGUGGACGCUGGAGGCGGGCGCCUUGGUGCUGGCUGACAAAGGAAUGUGUCUCAUUGACGAGUUUGAUAAGAUGAAUGAUGCAGACCGGACCAGUAUACACGAGGCCAUGGAACAGCAGACCAUAUCCAUCUCCAAGGCGGGAAUAGUCACCUCCCUACAGGCGAGAUGUGCUGUACUGGCAGCUGCCAACCCUAUUGGAGGGAGAUACGAUCCCUCGCUAACCUUCUCAGAAAACGUUGACUUGACGGAACCUAUCUUGUCCAGAUUUGACAUUCUGUGCGUGGUCAGGGACACAGUAGAUCCUGUUCAGGAUGAGAGAUUGGCCAGAUUUGUCACAGGAAGUCACAUAAAGCACCACCCGAACGCAGCAGAAGUCGAGGCUGAUGGAGAUCUACACUCCCUGAACACAACCUCCACAGUGGAGACGAUCCCUCAGGAUCUGUUGAAGAAGUAUAUUGUAUACUGUAAGAACAAGGUCCAUCCCAAACUUCAUCAAAUGGACCAGGACAGAGUGGCCAAGAUGUACGCAGAACUCAGGAGGGAGUCCAUGUUCACAGGGAGUGUUCCCAUCACAGUGAGACAUAUAGAGUCGAUGAUCAGAAUGGCUGAAUCUCACGCUAAGAUGCACCUACGAGAUUACGUCAACGAGGACGAUGUGAACAUGGCGAUUCGUAUCAUGCUUGAGAGUUUUAUCAGCACGCAGAAAUUCAGCGUUACCAGGUCCAUGAGAAAGACAUUUGGUCGAUACCUUGCCUUCAGGAAAGACAAUAACGAAUUACUUCUGUUUAUCCUGAAACAACUGGCCCAGGACCAAAUGACCUUCCAGAGGAAUCGCUACGGACUGGAACAGGAACAGAUUGAAAUCUCCGAGAAAGAUCUUGCUGACAAGGCAAGACAGAUCAACAUUUCAAACCUUGCCUCAUUCUAUGACAGUGAGAUCUUCAAAUCAAACCGAUUCAGCCAUGACUCAAAACGGAAAGUUAUCAUUCAAUGUGUAUAAUGAAGAAAACUUGUGACAUUAGUGAAAAUUGAAACUUUGAAAUUAGAUUAAAAAAAGAUUCACACAGUGUGAAGUUGUACUCUUGGCAGUAAUUUUUGUAAUGAGUGCUGAAUAUCAGAACUUUUGACAAAAUUUUUUAAAUAACAGUUGCUGUCUGAAUUUUUGAAUUUUUAAAAUAACAUUCAUGGUCUGAAAGGUAUGGAUGUUUAUAAUGGGCUGUGCAGUAAUUUUUUGUUUAUAAUCAUGGAUUAUUUUUGUACCAUGGGACAUGAAUUGACUUACUGAAUGUAUACAUAGGAUGUAAAGUUGUAGAUAUAUGUAUUAUGUAAUAUUAUUCUUGGCAACACGAUUGUUGAUGAGAAUGUAACUUGUUUUGCUAUAAAAUGUAUUAUUGAGAUGACAAGUAAGCAUUAAAUUUUUAGAAAUGGAGGACAUUG